CUCGAUGUAUACGCAUCAAAAGUUAGCAUUUAACGGUUUCGUUUGACCUUGUUCGUGUGCAAUUAAAAUUGCAGUUAUAGGUGAUGCUUGUACCCAUUAUUAUUACCAGUAUAAUAUUCUCGUUUAAUUUAUAACAUACACUGUUUGCACAUCCGUUUAAUGAGUUACUUCGAUAUUUUAUUUACUUUCGCUUAGCCGCACUACUCCAGAAUUUGAUGUCUGCGCAAGUGGUGUGGGGCGGGACUAGUAUGCGCUUAGCCUGUCGGGAAAAAUACGAUAAUAGGAACAACGCUGAUUGCUAAUAUAGCGUUGACGUAGCGUGAGGGGUUUCUGUGAGAUCUUGGAACGUUUCUUUCGUUUGAAAAGUUCAAAUCCGUAGCCUUGCAUUGUAUCCAGUUGGGUUUGUGUUAAAUGUAUAACAGGACUUUUUUCGGUUACGAGUGGACAUUGCUAAAUUUGUAUGCGCUCAGGAUGUGUCAUUUCUAGUGACAUCCACGUACAAAUAUAAGGUGCAAAAAAGGGGUGUAGCACAAAACUUUUUGUCCGUCGUAUGCAAAUUUUUCAUCUUGCACCGUUUGCCUUCUUUCUUUCUAACCGAUUUUUGAAAUAUAUUGUAUUAAAAUAAUCAGUGAAGACUUUGAGGAUCUAAAUUAUUUCAGUUAUUCUACAUCCUGGUUUUGUAGUUAUUUUGUAGUUUUAUUUGACAUUGUAUAUAAUGCAAAGAAAACGGAGAAUGACAGCGUCAGCAUUAUUUACAAGACAUUAUAGCCUCGCAAAGAUUAGAAAGCCUUUAUUGUAUGAAGUAAGGCCAAAGUACAAAAAGUGUGCUUACUACGCUUAAGAAUCAGUACCCCGCUUGGAUUCAAUAAUAUCUUCCUGAAUAAAGAUUAUGUCUGCUAUAAAUAGGGAACCUAAAAUUGUGGUUAUUGGUGCUGGGUUUGCUGGGCUGUCAGCAGCAAGUCAUCUGACUAAACAUGGAUACUUGAAUGUCACAAUUUUGGAGGCUAUGGAUAGACCUGGCGGUAGAGUGCACACAACAAAACCCUUUGGAGAAAAUGUAAUAGAUUUAGGAGCCAACUGGAUUCAUGGCCAAGAUGGAAACCCAAUUUUUAUCAUAGCGAAGGAGCAUGGCCUACUGGCUGAGAACGAUUCCUGUUCUACUAUGUGCCUUCCUGGAGCAGUUACACCAAAAGAUUAUUUUUUCCACCAAAAUGGCAAACUGUUUGAUUCAGAUGAAGUUGAGCAUGUAUGUCAAGUUUUUGAUAACUUAAUGUCCAAAGCAUUUAACGAAGAAUUGGGUCCCAAAUAUAAGGAAACAAGCCUUGGAGAUUACCUUGAUGAAGAGUUCAGUGCAUCAGAGCUUAUAUCUAUAGAAGGUGCAAAAAUGGUAUUUGAAUGGUGCAAACGUGUUGAAUGUACAGAUGAGGCCUGUUCCUCCUUAUAUGAAUUCUCAGUAAGUCAGCUUAGGCUAUAUACAGCCUUAGAAGGCGGUUUCUUUAACUCUCUCGGUCCAGGCGGUUACCAAGCUAUAUUGGAUAUAUUGCUGAAGAGCUUACCAUUAGGCAUUCUUGUGUGUAGUACACCAGUCAAGUUCAUUAAGUGGAAUUUAAACCAGGGGACGCCCCCUCCUGGUGAAAUGUAUCCAGUAAAAGUAAUUUGUGACAAUGAUGAAGAGCUAGAAGCAGAUCAUGUAAUUGUGACAGUCCCUUUAGGCUACCUGCAAGAAAAAGCAACUGAGAUGUUUCAUCCUCCUCUACCAGACUGGAAAAUAAGAGCCAUCAAUAGAUUAGGCUUUGGAACAGUCAGCAAAAUCUUCUUGGAGUUUGAGAAGACGUUUUGGCCAGUAGAUUGUUCUGGAAUUCAACUAGUCUGGGAACAAGGGCAUGAAGAUAAAGAUACGUACAUGUCUAUGUUGGAUGGGGAUAGCUGGAAAGACACCUGGUACAAAAAAAUCUGUGGUUUUGAUACUGUUGCUCGUCACCCUAAUGUGCUUUGUGGCUGGAUUACAGGCAAGGAAGCAGAAUACAUGGAGAUUCUUGAUGAUAAUAUUGUUGGAGAAACAUGUACCAGGCUACUAAGAUUGUUCACAAACUGGAAUGUUUCCAAUCCUGUUCGUGUGGUCAGGUCUUUAUGGAAAGAGAACCCCUAUGUUCGAGGCUCCUAUACUUACAUACCUGUUGGCGUUGAUGCACAAAAGGAACAAGAAGCAUUAGCAGAACCACUGCCAUCUGUCUCUUGCAGUUCAACAAAUAAGCCUUUGCAGGUUCUUUUUGCUGGGGAAGCAACACAUGUCAAUUAUUACACAACUACCCAUGGAGCAUAUCUGUCUGGAGAAAGGGAAGCUCAACGAAUCAUAAAUUACUACAAAGAAAGUCCAGUUAGCUCAGUUGGAAAAUCAAAUUGCUAAGCUUCACAUUUAUUUAACAAAGGAUUAUUCUUUGUUUUAUAAAUUUCAUUUAUAAGAAGUAAUAUUUCAAUAGUAUGGCUUAAUUGCUGGAAAUGGAAAUAUAGUAGUGUGAAAGCACACAUAGUAGGUGGGUAUAAUUCUGCAGGAUAAUUUCACCUUAGUGCCUUGGAGAAGUAAAAAUUAAAUAAAGCACUAGGGUCUUAUUCUUGAAUUGAUCCAGUUUUAACACACUUUAACCGAAAGCCUUAAAAGCUCAAUCUAGGUUCUGCACUGUAUUAUAAUUUAACUGUGAAAGCACACCUAGUGUGUAGAGAGAAUGCUGCAAGAUAAUUUCACUUUGGUGAUAUACCAAAGUAUAAACUACAAAAUGCACUAGUAUCUAAUUGCUACAUUUCUUCAGAUUUAACACACGUGUAAAAGUGUUUGUUGUUGGUUGUGCACUCUGUUAAACUAUAUGUACGAAACGAACAAACCAAACAGUAUUUUUUAUAGUCUGUCUACACAGUACUAGCCAGUCUGUAUUCUUUGCAUUACUUGCUAUAAGUAUUAAAAAAUAUAUGGAGAUGUUAUGCACUAAUGCUGCCUGCUACUCAUUAUGAGCCACUGUUCAAGUGUGUUGAACAAAAAGUGAAGGAAGCAGUUUUGAUUAGGGCAUGUGCAAUAAAGAGCAAAACUGUUCUAUUUUUGAAACUGAAACUGUUUAAACAAAAGAAGGAGCAACAUUUACACAAAAACUUAUUGUAAUACUAUAAAGGGCACAAAAUGGCAAGCCAGCAGAUUUACUUUUAAAGUAGCAUAAGCAUAUAGUUUAUUUAAUAGCACCUAGACAAGAGACAAGACAAUUUUAUAUCCGAUGUUCUAAUGAACAAACAAAAAGGCUGAGGUUCAUUGAGCAUUUCAAGAAGCUUUACUUUCUUGUUGGUCUCCCUAAGAAAAAAAAUAAAAACAAGACAAGAGAAACUCACCAACCCCCUGAGGUGAUCACUGUAACCAAGCACCAGUUUAGUUGGGCAAUUCUGUCCUUCAUGCUGUAAGUUGAAGACAGCUAUCCAAACAAAUGUUGUCCACUCAAUUCUAAAGAAACCUUUCUACUUCUUCUAGUUGAUGACAUUGCCUGUAGAACUAAUAAAUAGUGGUUGCCUUCAGCAGAAGUAUGUAAAAGUCAUGUAGGUGUCACCACAAAGACAACAAAAUGUGAAGUGGCAUUGCUAAUAACACUGCACUUUUUUAAAAAGGUAUGAAAUGUUAUUACUUAAGGAGAUAUUGAUUGUUGAUAUGCAAGUCAUGUAUCUUGCCACAAUAAUGCCUAAAAGUUCAUGUGUUACUCUCUCUGAGCUGAUAAAAGAGUUUGGGCAUUUGAUUUUCUUAGGGGAGAUGUUUUAUGGCUAUUUCAUUUUAAUUAAUGGAAUACUAUACCCAAAAAUGAUAUUUUUUUGUAUGUUUCUUACCUCAUGUAGUGUGUAGUGAUGGCUGGGAAAAAAAUUUAAUCUAAUGUGUUUAUUAGAACAGAAAUAGAAGAGUUUCUGAUAUGGUGACAAAUGGUGGACAACAGCAAACAAUAACAAGAAUGUCCAUGAAAACAUCUCAUAUUACACAUGUUGCAUAAUCCAUAAGUUCAUUCAUCUAGUCAUAUGCUCACAACAUACAAGCAUACAGUACUGUAUACUUUUAGUAAAAUAUUGUUAAGUAAACCACUUCCUGAAAAUGCUGUCAUGAAUGAAAAAUGAAAUGUGCUUAGACAUGGCCAGAAUGUUUGAACCCAAGAGGCAUCUCAUGCAUUGGUCAAGGGUCCAGCCUAUUAACAGGUUAUUCACUGGCAAACAUUCAUUGGAUUCACAUGAUAUCAACAAAAAGCAUGCACUGAGAAGAAAAAGUUAAACAAAAGUGAGGGAAAACAUUAUUGGGAAGAGGAUAUUUCUCAUAUUUCUGCAUAUCCGAGAUUUUUCAACAAGCAGAUGGUCCAUUCACUUGUGCAGUUUCACAGACCUCCUACAUAAUCCUGAGGCACUCCAGGUGUGUCUCACCUCUAUGAAUAGAAAUUAAAUGAUAGGAGGGGGUGGAACAACAGUUUAAGUGCAUCUGUAUUCAAAUCUGUAUGUGUCCAUUUUUCGUUCAUAAGAAUUUUUUUUUUUGAAGGUGGUAUAUUUAACAAUAUUUUAAUAAAAAUAUGUGUCUUUGGAACAUAGUACCAUACAGCUAGAUGUCUAUGGAUUAUGUGACCCGAGUGACAUAAUUUUUGUGUAGAUUUUUUUUAAAUACCAUUUGCUACUGCCCAGCGUUGGUCACUAUAGAUGCAUAUUAUAUCAGACAUUUUGCUAUCUCUGUUCUGUAUAAAAACAUAAGAGUAACAAUUUUUUCAGCCAUAAUUACAAAAUACAUGGGGUUGGCAACAUAUUAAAAAUAAUAUCAUUUAUGGACAAAUAUUUGUUUAAUGGAUGGAUAAACACAUUUCCACAUUCCUUCAUGAUCACACUGAGGUAGCCUUGUGUGCUUUAUUAUAAAGACACAUCUUUUAUUUAAAUCAAUAACUAUACUGUGCUCAAUCAAGUUGCCUUAAAUGAGAAAAAAUAUUUUGGUGCAGCUAACUAAAUAAUUUACUGAAUUUAGAGGAAGAUGGACUGGCUGUUUGCAUACUUUAUGAAAUCAAUGCAUUUUUGUUUAACGAGAAAUUUUAUAAUAGCACUUAUUUUUUUAGAGGAAAUUAUGUAUUAAAUUAUUGAUCCUCCAAAAGUGUGCUCUAAUUGUAAAAUGCACUCUAAAAUCUGUUUCAGAAAUUUUAAAAUUUUGUCUGAAGUAAUGAUGUGUAUUGUGUGGAACAGUGGCAUCAAAAAUAUGAUAUGGUUCAAUAGUAUUAAAAUGAAAGCUUUUUUCUAUGAAAAGAUAAGCAAGCACAAUAAGUUUUCUCAUUUAAUUGUAAACUUAUUUUAAUAUGUUUCAGUGACAUGCUGUAAGUUUGUGCCAGUCACCCAGCAGUGUUUACUCUGAUUAAUGUAAGAAAUUUUGAAGUCUUCAUGUUUGAUAUAUGAUUAUGUAACACAGAUUUUAAAUAUUUUUUUCAGUAUGUCGAUUUAUUUUUUUAUUACUACUCUACUGUUUAUUGUGCAUGACUAAACUCUUGCUUAACUGUCAUUAAGGCUUUCUAAUAAGAUAUGUUUUACAUUUUACAAUAAAAUUCUUUUUUUUUUAACAAAAUAGUGUCUUGUAGCUU